AUGCGUCAUCAAUUCAAACGACAGUUGAGCCCGCUAGCUCUUGCAAAGCUUUUCAGUGAGAGUUUGUGUUUUCACUAUGUUGCAGACACAUUUAGGGGUGGCCGACUUGUAGAUCCGGUCCAGGUCAACUCCCUCUCUGCUGUUGAGUUGUUGAACAGCUUUGGCAAUCAGUGGAAGGAGGUCUCGGUCGUUGAGCCUUUCGGCUCACUGGAUCAGUUUACAGAGUCACGAGGGUUGAAGGCCUUAGUCACAGAGCCUUUGUCUCCCAAACCUUGGCUUCAACUCCAGAGAGUGUGCUUCAAGUCUGGUGUGCUGAUGCCAUGGAAUGAAGCUAUUAUCAGCGACCUAUUGGUAUCCACAGCCGCCAUUGCCAGAAAUAUGCCAAAUAUCCGAAGCAUAGAGAUCUUCAAUACGAAAGGGGAGUGGCAUGUCGAGAAUCCCUCAUGCCUAGUACGCUACAACACCGAGUUCGCGCAACCCAUCUUAUCGUGGCAAAGCGACUGGAUGUUCUCCCUUGAAGUCAUAGUUGAAGGUCUCAAAGGGACCCCAGACCAAAGACCCGGGUUUUCCUUCACAAACCAGACGAGGCGUGCGUGGGAGCGGACUGCACUAGCCCAUACCGGCCGUCAUGGGUUAAAGACUGUUGUGCGUGAGCCGAGGGAAUUUUUACCGAUCUCGGUGCAGCUUGCGGACAAUUUCAAGUUGGAUGCUGUUCAUCCUUUAACGAGAGCCAUUAUGAGUGUUUAUUCGGACCGGAUGAAGUUGUGGUGA